AUGGCGGCCGACUGGGAAGGCUACCCACUACACAAAUGCGUAUUUAAUGACGAUAAAUGCCGUUUGUCUCAGUUGAUUCGUGUACAUGAUGUCGCACAAAAGGAUAUACAUGGUAACACACCCUUGCACCUUGCUGUUAUUCUGGGGCAUAAAGAAUGUCUGCACUUACUGCUUGCUCAUGGCGCUCCUGUUCGUAUAAAAAAUACCCAAGGAUGGACACCAUUGGCAGAGUCCAUCAGCUUUGGAGACAGACAAACAAUUCUUUGUCUACUGAGAAAACUAAAACAACAGUCUCGAGAGUCCCUUGAAAAUCGGAGACCGUCUCUUGUGCAGGCUCUACGAGAUAUAGGAGAUUUCUACUUAGAACUGAAGUGGGAUUUUCAAAGUUGGGUCCCUUUGGUGUCAAGAAUUCUGCCUUCAGAUGUCUGUAAAAUCCACAAGAAGGGUUGUUGUAUACGACUUGAUACAACUCUAGUAGACUUCAACGACAUGCAUUGGGAGCGAGGGGACAUUACUUUCGUGUUUAACGGAGAGGAGGACCCCCAGCAGAGCCUGACUGUGCUAGAUAACAAACUGUUUGUGUUCCAGAGGAUCCGAUAUGAGGAGAGCGAGAAGGAAAUGGAUGAUGAAGUUGACAUCCUGAUGAGCAGCGAUAUAAUGGCUGCUCAGAUGUCAACAAAGAACAUCACAUUCACAAGAGCACAGAGUGGCUGGCUGUUCAGGGAGGACAAAACAGAAAUGGUUGGUGAAUAUGAAGCGGAUUAUUACUUUAUAAAUGGACUUACAUUAGAUUCUAGAAAAAGGAGGGAACACCUGUCUCCAGAGGAUGUUCAAAAAAACAAAGCCAUAAUGGAAAACCUGACCAAGGGAACAUGGGACAACUGUGAUUUUCAGAGGCGCCCAUCGCUGAAUCCACCUGAAAGGCCAAAUGUUAGUUGGGAGGACUACAUGUCUGCCCCAGUCGGUAAACCUCCAUGUCUGGGCCGACAGUGGAUCCCUAAGGGAAGCUCCAAGUCUUUCAAGGCUACAGUAGCAAUGAGCAAAGCAUUCCCUAUGGAUGUUAGUGUUUUGCUGGAUGUCCUUGAAGUAAUAGCACCAUUCAAACAAUUUCAGAAACUCAGGGAUUUUAUGACUUCAAAGUUGCCUGAAGGAUUCCCAGUGAAAAUAGAAAUCCCAGUGUUUCCAACAGUAACGGCUCGAGUGACAUUCAACUCGUUUGAGUGGAAGGAGGAGCUACCGGACAGUUUGUUCUACAUACCACCCGAGUAUGUUGAGGACCCCAAGCGCUUCCCAGACUUAUGACUCUACCUGGAAAUCUACUUCAUCCACAUCCUCACCAGCCUCAGACAAAUCAACCAACCACCAAUCCCUGGACACGCGGAAGCUUCUGAAUCAGAAACGGGGGACGAAGCUGAAUGCUUCGUCGGUAUGGAGAUACCAAUGACCAAUCUGGGAAACUCCUGUGGGGAAAUGACACUCCUCUUCUAGGUUAAAAUAUAAAGGCUAUUCCAUUUAAAUAUAUACCCCAACCUGCCAGAUCAAAAUAAAUAACGUUUGUUCCAGGUUAUAUCUUAAAAGAUAUCUUAACUGGUGCUGGUCACAUGCUUCUAAAAUACACAAUUUUAGAAACAUUUCAUAAAUAUUUCAGAUGUAAAAAAUGGAC